CUACUUGAUCUGUUGUUUGCGCAACACAAUCACAUUUCUUUUAAGCGACAGGGUGUCUAGACACACACGUGACCGGGCGCGUCAAUGCGCACUGGAGACUGGAGCCGGAGCAAGGGCACCCAAGCCAUCCGCCUCCUUUACAGACAGAGAGCGUUCUACCCCCCUCGAGAUCAGUCAUCGGGCUCUUUCUUCCACAUAGACGCGGAAACUUCGUGUGAGAUAUGAGCUUGGAUCAUUUUAUCUGAACGCUACUAAAAUAGGUUACAAGGCUCCGUGCGUGGACGCAACCCCAGGGUCUCUCUUGUUUUGCCCCUAGUUUUGGAAACGCAACUCAACUCGGGUUAGAGAUCCAGUCCUGGAUUUGGUCCCUGGCUCCUGAACGAGGCUCAUUCCUGUCAGCACACCACAUCCUCUGCAGCCGAGUGGCAUAUUUAGACGAUAACCGAUAGAAAGCCCCCACAAGCCUGGUGGAGAGAGCCCUACUCUGUCGGAUCGAGGAUUUUAUGGAUUGUUUUUGAAGACAGCGGCGAGCUUCGGUUUUCUCGGGAUAACUGUGAUUGCCUUUUGGCUCAAUUAGGCCCCAGUUUGUCUGAUUUUACCACAUCUGGUGCGCAUAUAUUGAAAGAUGUUUUGACUUUGUUUAUAUGCUGAAAAUCGACAUGGAGAGUGUUUUAAAGGGGUCAGUUCACAGCUCCAGCCAGGCUGCACACCAUCCAUUGAAUAAUUGUAACACAUUCUGUCUACAUGCUGCUGUGUUGUACCACUUUUCCCCGCAGCCUUAGAGCUACGCUGCUAGAUUGAUUGUUAUAGGUUAGUCUUAAACGCCCGGAGGUGAUGUUUAUUUAUCCUCGGAGGAAAAGGUGACUGUCCCGUGAACCUCGACUGCUUUUUGGUGAUCUAGCCUGCAGGAGAAGGCACGAGAGACUGGCGUAUGCUACAGAUUUCCUCGGCUUAUCCAACUCCCAGUUUUUCCAACGUAUUUUUUCAGGCUGUUUGUCAUUGCCUGGACUCGGAUCCCGGAAUCUUCAUGAUUUGCGGACACAAUGCUCGUUUUUUAGCCGGGGAACCCUCUUUUCGUCCCGCAUGUUUAGGACCAAACGAUCGGGGCUCGUCCGGCGACUCUGGAGGAGCCGUGCGCCCGUGGAGGGCGACGGGGAGGCGGACAGAGGGACGCAUGGCUCUGGGAGCUGCUGCAUGGGCAAAACGACAAAGGUGGCCAAGUCCAACGCCGGGUCGGAGGCUGAACUGAAGGCACUGACCCACUCGAUACUGAAAAAGAUCAAAGAGAAACAGUUAGAGGUGCUUUUGCAGGCCGUGGAGUCCAAGGGGGGUGCCAGGAGCCCCUGCUUGCUCCUGCCCAGCAAGGUGGACGCCAAAGUGGGUCAGCACUCUUACUCUCUCCCCAUGCUGCUCUACAAAGUGUUCAGGUGGCCGGACCUCAGGCAUUCCUCGGAGCUGAAGAGGCUGUCUUGCUGUGAAUCCUACGGGAAAAUCAACCCAGAGCUCGUUUGCUGCAACCCGCACCACAUGAGCAGGCUUUGUGAACUCGAGUCCCCUCCUCCUCCAUACUCACGCUAUCCCAUGGACUACCUUAAACCACCAGAUUCUCCAGACUCUGGACCUUCAUCCAGUGACACUGGGGAAACAACAUAUUCGGCCCCUGUGGGGCUUUCAGAUUCCCUGGCGUUGCAGGAGUCUGGUGAACGGGCCCAUUGGUGCGUGGUGGCAUACUGGGAGGAGAAGACACGUGUCGGGCGCCUCUACUCAGUCCAGGAACCCUCUCUGGACAUCUUCUAUGAUCUACCUCAGGGGAACGGCUUCUGCCUGGGCCAGCUCUGCUCCGACAACAAGUCCCAGCUAGUGCAGAUGGUGCGGGCCAAGAUCGGCUAUGGCAUCCAGCUGACGCGUGAGCCAGACGGGGUGUGGGUCUACAAUCGCAGCUGCUACCCCAUCUUUAUUAAGUCGGCCACACUGGACAACCCGGACUCACGCACGCUGCUAGUGCACAAGGUGUUCCCCGGUUUUUCUAUUAAAGCUUUUGACUAUGACAAAGCCGGCACCCUGCAGAGGCCGAACGAUCACGAGUUCACGCAGCAGCCUCGCACAGGAUUCACGGUGCAGAUAAGUUUUGUGAAAGGCUGGGGACAGUGCUACACCAGACAGUUCAUCAGCAGCUGCCCGUGCUGGUUGGAAGUCAUCUUCAACACCCGAUAGCAGCAGCCUUCCUCUUCCUCUUCCUCCUCACCUCUUCUGCCCCCUCACACGCAGACUACACCUACUUUCCUUCUUUGUUCCAGAGAUUCAAACAGAGAAAAGAGUUUUAAAAGAAGAAAGUAUAAAAUUCUGACGGACUUUGUUUAAUAAAUGACUAAGAUUUAAUUAAAUAAGAAGCGAAAAAUGUAUUUGUUAUAUAUAGAUAUAUUAUUAAUUGUAAAUAUGAAG